AUGGAAAUAUUUGACAAUGAAAUGGGGCUUUAUACUCUGAUUGUGUUAGGGUUGGCUUUUCUUCAAGGAGCUGAAGCGGGAAAAAAGGUUUUCUGUUACUUCUCUAGCUCUUCGAAUGCGCGGGGUGGUAUCGGGAAGUUCUGGCCGGAAAAUAUCGACCCGUAUCUAUGUACUCAUCUCAUAUUUGCCUUUGCUGACAUCGCCGAGGGUGGCAAAGGCUUAGAGCCCAACAACUGGAACGACCUUGGCAAACAUGGUCUGUACAUGCGCACUCACAAGCUGAAGGAAAUAAAUCCCAAGUUGAAGUUGAUCCUGGCGGUGGGUGGCUGGAGGAUCGGUUCUCUCCCCUUCCUGCCUGUAAUAGCGACGUUGGAAUCAAUGCGGCUGUUUGCAGCGAGGGUAGUCCACUACUUGCGGCAUUAUGGAUUUGAUGGCAUGGACAUGGACUGGGAAUUCCCCGGGAUCAGAGGUAGCCAAGCGGAGGAUAAGUACAAAUUUACAGAACUAAUGAAGACAAUACAACGAGCAUUUGAAGUGGAUGCCCUCAGGCGGCGAGCUCCCAAACUGUUGCUGACCAUGGCGGCGGCGGCCAGCAAGUACUACGCAGAGAUAGCGUAUGAGCAGGACAAGCUGUGGCUGUAUGUUGACUACGUGUUGUUGAUGACGUACAAUUACCAUGGAGCUAACUGGGAGAAUGUGACCGGUCAUCACAGUGCUCUGCUCCCUCACAGGCUUGACAAAGAUGCGGAUCGACAACAUAACUUCGUAUGGUCAGUAGAGUACUGGCUCAGAAGUGGCAUUCCCCCGGAGAAGUUGUGCGUUGGGCUGGCCACCUACGGCAUAUCUUUCAAGUUGGCAGAUCCCAAACAUCACGGAGUCCGGGCCCCUGUGCUCGGUCCCGGAUCACCAGGCCCACACACAAAUGAAUCUGGGAUACUGGCAUAUUAUGAGAUUUGUGACGCCCUGGAAAACAGAGGAUGGCAGUUGGAGUGGAUUGAUGACCAGUAUGUUCCUUACGCUCACGGCCAAGGAGAUUGGGUGGGGUUUGAGAAUCAAGACAGCUUAAUCAUAAAGAUGAAUGAUGUUUUGAAGAGGGGAUUGGGUGGCGUCUUGGUCUGGUCAAUUGAGAUGGAUGACUUUACCGGUCAUUGUAACGAAGGCAGAUUUCCACUUUUAAGAGCAAUCAACAACGUCCUGAAACCUAGUUAUGAUUCAGACGAUCUCCUUGACGACGGACUUAACACGCCGAGAGGCUCUCCGCCAAGGGGUAAGGGUGGUCUGGGGAACAUCAAAAAAAGCGAGGACAUCGUCCAAGAUCGGCCUAAAAGCACGGAGGUGAAAGGUUCAAACAAAGUUGGUGGUCGACCGAAGGGGUCAUCGCAGCAGCUGGAAAGCGGUGGUCUCUCUGUUGGUCGCAAACAGAAACAGGGACCAACGUCCAGCGAAGGAGGUCUCAGUAGUCAAAACGAAAUGAGAAGGUUUUGGGGCAAUGACACGGAUAGGAAUGGAUCAAACCCAGUGACCACAGAAUAUCCUCCCACGGCGGUCAGCGAGACUCCGAUUUUCUGGAACCCUUGGAUUACGCAAUAUCCUCCUUCAUGGAACCGCCAAAACUCACAAGAAAAGACUAAAAAUAAUCGACAAGAUACAAAUUUAUCCUCAGAAAAUGGCGAUUUCAAACAGAUUCGGUCAAACUUUUCGGAGUGGGGCGAAAAUCAGACAUUUCCUAGUUUUAACAGUUCGAACAUUCAGGAUUUACGGAACAUGUCACGUGGGCCGCCAGGCGAGAUUCACUUCGAAACAACGACAACGUUCGAUAACGUUGGGUGGCCGGAGACUAACACAUCUGAGGAAGAUGAUGAUCCUCAAAACGAAACAAUCCCGGAAAAGGAAAAUAAAAUCGAAGGCAAGAAAGAAUCCGCAAGGAUACAGGAAAGACACAACCAUCAACACAAUGAUUCCAACAACAACAUUGAUAACGUUUUUAACAGCACAACCACAAUAGAAAUAAAGCUAAAUGACACGUCUCAGAUUGAUAAUCUUCAAAACAUUACAUCAAAAUCGGACGAUAAGCAUAAUAUGGACAAAAAUGUCGAUUCAAUAAUCGAAGAUUCUAUCUUAUCGAAUCAGAGCGAAUCAUCGACACCCUCAACAAAGACCAGACCGCAAGAGGUCCAGCAACCCGGCGAAACCCCAGAGUUCAGCGAGGACCUUGAGAAAAGCGAAAGUGAAUCCAAUGGUGAUGUCAGCGACUAUUCCUGGUAUGAUUACUGGGAUUCUGAACAUGAGGAUUCAGACUGGAGUGAAAGUGACUACGAUAGCGAAUACGAUUACUCUCAUGAAGGCGACUGGUACGACUACAGCUCUGAGUAUUACGACUCAGACUACGGCUCUGAGGACUAUUACUACAGCGAACCCGGGGAAUUUCAAGAAGAGCCGUCGACAUCCACAGAGAGUCACGACGUGGACCAUCACGAAAACAUAUACGAUUUUGACUGCAACGAGCAUGGACUGGGUAUCUACAAGGACCCCACGUCUUGUAUUCACUUCAUCAUGUGUGUGCCCAUGACAAUAUGGCACCUUGGACCCCUCAAGAUGGACUGUCCCUCGGGUACGAGAUUUGACGAUAAUCUCAAAGUGUGUAACUAUGAGUACAUGAUACCGUGUGAUGAUUAA